AGAUGGCUUCGGUUGCACGCAAGCAUGUAUGCCGGUUGUUGAGUUUCUACCGCAGUGCCGUAUCUCUAAAGAGUGCUUUUAAUGUCGCACCUAUUGGUGCAAGGACUUUUUUCAGUCAUGAAGCCUUGAAAUUGGACUUGUUCAAAGAGAAACAAAAAAGAAUACGUUCAAAAUAUGACAAAGAAACCUUCCUGCAUAAGCUUACCGAAGUAGAUUAUUCUUAUCAUGGUAAUGACAUUGAAACCGCAAUUUACCUGGCGGACAAAGAUGAUUGUGAAAUACUCAUGGAUGUGUUAAAUAUAUUCAAUUCAAAGCCAGGUUCAACCUCAAAAUCGGCAAAACUGACAAGCUUGUUGGUACAAAAUAUGCAUAUUAAUAAUAUGGCAUCUCACAUAGCUAAGCUCCUCUCAAAUGUGGAUUUGACGCGUAGUUCAUACAGUGGAGUUAUCCUUCCUGCUCUCGAUUGUUUGUUCGAUAACAAAAUGUAUGAUGAGUUAUUAGAUAUAGUGUUCAAGAUAGUAGAAGGUAAAGGUUUCAGGGCUGAAAACGCGGGGGAAAGAGAUGCUUCCAUGCUUCUGAUGGUCUUAAGUUUAUUUUCAAAGGGGGACGAAGAAAGCUAUGACUUGUUAAAAGAAUUUAUGGAGGAGAAACACUUAUACCGAGUAAAGACACGGUGUAGGAUACAGGCAGUUACGGGAAGAUUUGCACUGAAAAUGGGGGACAUGGAAUAUGCAGAACAAGUUUUGUUUGAGUAUACGGAGCACUGGACAAAGCCAGAUAAAUUGCUUAUAAAUACACAGGUCGCGUUUUAUUUAGCCUCAAAGGAUUGGGAGCAUGCAAUAAAAAUGGCAAAUGACCUCUUGAACAAUUCAAACAUCCCUCAAAGAGCACUCUUUGCAUCAGAUGUGAUGGCUGAGUUAACUAAAGUCAUCCCAGAAGGAGAUGAAUAUAAAAGCAUGCAUGAAAAACUGCUGAAAGAAGUUACCUUGAAAAACUUAACAAGGCAAGAGACACUUGAUGAAAUGCUACGUACCGAAAAAGCCGUACUUUAUAAUUUAAAAACCCCAGAAAAAGAAAAACCCCAAAAAUAUUCAAACAAAACAGAUAAAACUUUGGUUUUGAGGGUGAAACCUUGGAAAUUGUUUUUGGAGGUUGGAGAUAUUUAUAAUUGAAUGGAAAGAGAUUUGUAGGUGAAACCUUGGAAACUGUUUUUGGAGGUUGGAGAUAUCUGCAGUGGAAUGGAAAGAGAUUUGUACGUGAAACCUUGGAAAUUGUUUUUUAUGUUGGAGAUAUCUACAAUUGAAUGAAGUGAUUUGUAGGAUUGCCACACCUGCAUGCUGUUAUUCGGGCAUAAUGCAUGUACCUCAGGAGGUGGGAGUCAAUUUGUUUGCUGGACAAUACAUAAAUCUGGGUC